AACCCAGCMCAGCACAGCCUAACCCAGCSCAGCACAGCCUAACCCAGCACAGGCCAGCCCGGGACAGGCCAGCCCAGCCGUGCCGAGCCCGCCAUGGCCAUCGCGCACAUCGCCACCGAGUACGUGUUCUCCGACUUCCUGCUGAAGGAGCCGCCGGAGACGCGCUACAAGGGGCUGCGGCUGGAGCUGGCGCUCGACAAGAUCGUCACCUGCAUCGCCGUGGGGCUGCCGCUGCUCCUCAUCUCCCUCGCCUUCGCCCAGGAGGUCUCCAUCGGUGCUCAGAUAAGCUGUUUUGCACCCAGCUCUUUCUCCUGGCGACAAGCUGCUUAUGUGGACUCCUACUGCUGGGCAGCUGUGCAGCAGAAGCAACCAUCCCACAAUAACUUAGAAAACAUACCCCUGUGGCUGCAUAAAGUAAGUACAGGUCUCCAUCUCCUAGCAAAGUUAUUCCCACCUAGAAACCUGCCUUUGCCUCGCUUUUCUUUCUCCUCUGUUCUGCUGUAGUCCUUGCCUUUGACU